CCAUUCGGGAGACUUAGAUUGUAAUAAAUAGUGAAACAUGUGCUUUGGAGUCGGUGCUCCAAGCCAAUAAUUGAAUAGUUCAUCCGUUUAGCGAAUUAAAUUGUUUAUUCAACCCAAUUGUGAUGAUAUCAGAUAAACGGUUAAUUUACUUGUGAAACGCGCCGUGGGUGCAAAACAUAACGUAACAGUAACACUAAUUCUACUUUCCAAUAAAGUUGAAAUACCUUUUAAAAUAAAUAAAUUAUGGCCUUUAAUUCAAAGUCAAUGGAAGAUACAGUUAAAGAAGAAAAUGCAGAAGCAGCUAAGUAUUUGGAACAUUUGCUAGAAGACGGAGCUAAAGAAGAAGACGAUGGUCGUGAUUUGGAAUUACCACCGUGGUACGAUGAGGAAUUAUUCAAGAAUGGUCAAAAAUACAUGAGAAAAUACCACUUUGUGAUAUUCUCUGGCAUGCUCAGCGGACUUGUAGCUGUCUUAGCUAUACCAUCAAUCUUGAAUGUCCUCAUCUGUACACGUCAAUCUUCGACACCUGCGACCGCUUUUCGUCGUUAUGUUCGAACCAUAUUCCAUGUCUUAUCAUGGUAUGAUCAUCCAGUCAAAAAAGGAUCCAAGUUUUGGCAAAGUCUAAAUAUGGUGCGAAAAGCUCACCUUCGCUCUAGCAGAGCAUGUGGUAAACUUAAAGUAGGUGGAAUCACCCAAAAGGAUAUGGCCCUUACCCAAUUUGGUUUUAUUGGAUUUAUAACAUUGGGUGCACCGAGAAUAAAGCUCUACGAUCCGGAUUUUCUUGAAAGCACUUCACAUAUGUGGCGAGUCCUUGGAUAUUUGUUGGGAAUCAAAGAUGAAUAUAAUAUUUGUGGUGAGAAUUGGGAAAUCACUAGGCAGCGUCUUGAAAUUGCAAUGGAAAAAGUCUAUCGACCCGCUCUAGAUAAUGUCUCGACGGAUUUCUAUAAAAUGACCGAAGCACUUUUAGUCGGCUUAAAACCAGUUAAUAUGAUGCUCACUCCGGGAUCAUUUAUAUUCUUCACAAAAAGAUUGGCUUAUUGUAAGGGUUAUGAGUAUUACGACGAAGAUUACCCCAACGGAGUCAAGAUUCCAAAUCAAAAACAGUACUUCUCCGAUCUCAGCUGGUGGGAUCGGUUUCUUGUUAGCUAUGGCUUGUUUUUAGUCACCUAUUUGCACCAAUAUUCAAUUAUUAGAUGGUAUAUGAAUUUCAGGGUUUGGUUAAUACAAUUUUUAAUGUACUAUUUCCCGUUGGGAGCAUUUUUCAAAUAUGGUAUAAAGUGGUCUUACGUAAGAAUCUUUUCGUCCUCCUCGGAAAAUGAAUAUCAUGAAGAUUAGUAUUAGAAAAUGUGUCUUAAAAGAAAAAAUUGUGAACCGAAUUAAAGUGCCUUUUUCAUAUUGUU